AUGUCAUAUGCAGCAUCAAUUGCGACAACAACAACAACAUCUUCUUCGAUAAUAGAUAAUUGGGGAUUCGAAUAUAAUAUAACUGGUAGUUGGAUAGAUAGCGGUAAUAUCAUACAGCCUACAAGUCAAUCAGAAGUAAUCGAUGUUGAAAAUCUAUUUCAUGGAAAUCGUGUUGCUGUUUUCGGAACACUCAACAGCAAUACAUAUGAUCUAUUUGUUUCAGUAGAUGGAGAUGAUGAGAAUAAUAAUGGAACUAAAACAUCGCCUUUUCAAACAAUUCAGAGGGCAAUCGAUUAUAUCCAAGACUCUCUGAGUCUGACGAUCUACGUAGAUAGUGGAGUCUAUUAUACGGGAUUUAAUAAUACCAUUUUCAGUCGAGGAAAAUCUUUGAAUAUCGUUGGAAUUCCGAGUGACGAUUCACCACAGGCUGUGUAUCCACAGUUGAACUCGCUGGAGGAUGGAAUGCUUUUGGUGGUACUACCAGCUGCCAUUCCAUAUAUAUCAUUUCAUAUUACAGAGUGUCCGUUGAUACCAGUGGAUUUGCCAACGGCACUUGUAUCACUACAAUUCUUGAAUAUCAACAAUAUCACUUUCAACCAAUAUAUUUACGCACAGGGAUGCAUGGCAAUCUCUGUUGCACAGUUGGCAACACUCAGUCUGCAAUCGACUAAAUUCACACCGAUCUUGUACAAUCCUCAACUUGUGUGUCUGUGGCCACGAGCAACUCUGAGUGGAUCCGACAUCUCGUUUAUCAAUGGCAGUGAUGUGCUGACACACACGGACACAGCCAUCUAUGCAAUGAGUGCAACCGUCCAACUCGAUCAAGUGUCGUACUCACUCAACAUAUCGAGUUAUGCUGUUUAUUCCAACAAGGGUAGUUUGGUGUUGACCAACGUCUACUCCAAUGUAUCUGGCUGUUUCUUCUCAUUCAACAACACAGUAUUGGAGUUUUCCAAUUUCACAUUAACAAACUACGGUUUCAUUCAGGGCACAAUCAUUUCCAUUAUCAAUAUAAGCCAAUACGCCAAGCUAUCCAAUAUUCUAUUUACUAAUAUCGGUUAUUCCUAUGGAAUAUCUAUAUCACUGGCACCAGCGGUAAUACUUGAAAAUAUUCGAUUUGGUCAAGGAAACUUUGAUUUGCCCUCAUUUUUAUUGCUUCAAUCCAUUGGAAAACUUUCUGUCCAGAAUCUGGCAAUCAGCGAUUACAAUGACCCAGACCGUAGAACAACAAGUUACAUAGAAUUCUCACAGGUCAACGGUACGUUGGACAAUAUUAUACUGGAGAAUAUUGCAGAUGUGUCGGAUACUCCGUUGAUUUCCAUAACCGGUUGUGAUAGUCUUGCUUUUAGUAAUUUGGAAAUGAAUAAUAACGCCAUUCCUCUCAUGGAAAUAGUUGGUUCCACUGUGACGUUGACAAACACUUCGAUGGUCAACAAUACGCUGUUCUCACUGUUGACAUGUACCACCAACAGUGUCUUGCAAUUGAUAAAUGCAUCGGUGAAAGGCAAUAAAGUGACAGCGAUCGAUGCAUCCACUUGCCAUCUAUCGAUUAGCGACUCAACAUUUGGUGGUAACCUCAAUAUAGUUCACGACCAGUAUCCAUUGGUCUACACCUCCUAUGGACAGCUCGAUAUCAACAACGUGCAAUUCACCAACAACAUUGGAUUCGACAUUGUCUCACUGAAGAACUCCAGGAGUAGUAUAUCAUCUACCGAUUUCAUUACCAAUCAAUAUGGAUUCCAAAUUUCCGCGUUGGAUUGUCAUGAAAUCAAUGGAUCCGCUUUAUUCUUCUAUGGAAACAUCGAAUUGCAACCAGUCCUAUCAUUCAGCAACUCAACCAUCAACCUGAAGCAAGCAUUAUUACAAAACAAUGUUUAUCCAGCGAAUAUUACCAAUUGUCAAUUCGAAUUCGAUCAGCUCGAUGUAAUUGAUACCACCGGUGAUAGUUCGCUCAAUAUCGUUAGUUCAACCGGUGCAUGGAGAAAUAGUAGAGUCAGUAACUUUACCAUUUCACCUACCGAUACCACCAUAUCAUUGGAAGACAGUAACGUACUCUACUCCAACUGUACAUUCGACCAGUUGUCAUCACCCGGUUACCCAAUCGGUAUAAUGACACGUGGUACUACCACUUUCCAAGACUGUCUGGUGAACAACACAAUUGGAUCGUUGUCCGGUGGAUUCAAAGUCACCGAUGGUAAGCUAAUCGUGAUCAACAGUUAUUUCGGAAAUAAUGCUGGCAAGGUGAAUGCUGUCCUCUUUGCCAGUAACGCAUUUGUAAUACUCCAAAACUGUAUCGUUGAGAAUAACGUUGGAUCGGACUCGAUCAUUCAAAUUGAAAACACGACAUUUGAGAUUGUAGAUUGUACAUUCAGUAGGAAUUACCUCUCGAGAACCAUCCAUUUCGUCAACGCAUCUGGUGACAUUCUCAAUUCGAAAUUCACAGACAACAGCGAUCUUUUCACUAUUAUCCUAAUAGAGAAAUCAAAUAUUACAGUGGUUUCCACCGAGUUUAUCACUUCAUUCACACUGAACGAUGGUUCUUACUCUACGGUCCAGUUAUUCAAUUCAAAGCUAGAUAUUGUCAGCUCACAUUUCUACAAUAAUCUCGGCACACAACGUCCUUCCAUUUAUGCAUCGUCCUCACAGCUGAAUAUCAAUUACACUCGAUUCGAGAACAACUCUAAUCUCAAUGGUGUCGGAGGAGAUAUCUAUAUGGAGAAGUCAUACGGAUUGAUUAGUUCCAGUCAAUUUAAAGCGGGUGGCGCUCAUAUCGGUGGAUGUAUCUACAUGGCAUUGUCAUUUGUUGAACUGAGAAACAAUACAUUCCUUCAAUGUGAAGCAACCAUUGGUGGAGCUAUCUACAUUGAUUCUUCAGUUGCCAACAUUAGUCAAUCGAAAUUCAGUGGUUGUCUAGCGCAGAAAGGUGACUAUACCGAUGUCAACUACAUUGGAAGUGUCUAUUGCGGUGGCGCCAUUGCCAUCGCGCCAAUCAUAGGCAAAAUGAAAAGCACAGUUUGGAUAACAGGCUCAAUGUUUAUGGCCAACCAAGUUAGUAUUGACGGUGGCGCUCUUUGGACAAACGAUCCCCGUUCGACCAUCUCCAUCUCCAAGACCAGCUUCAACUCCAAUCAGGCAUCGGGAGGUGGCGGUGCAAUCUUCUGGGAAACAGCACGCACCUUUGAUAAAUCCAAUAUAUUCAACUAUAAUAUUGCAGUCUACGCUAUUCCAUUCAUGGGUUCCUAUGUUUUCUAUAUUCUACUGGAUGGAAACACCGGUGACCAAUAUAGUGUCAAUCUCACACUGUUUAGCAAGGAAACAGACAUACUCUUUUCCAAUCAUACCGGUAUCACCAUACAAUCUUGUUUGACAACACAAUACCUUGAUAAUACAGGUAUCUGUCGUACUUGUCCUGUCGUGGUUGUCGUCCUCCUAUUGAUUCGCUAUGAUCUACCAACAAGAACAGCGUUAUUCUCGAUGAAAAUAAGAUCAUCUGCAUCAAUAUCAUCGUCAUCAGCAUCAGCAUCGUCAUCAUUUUCAUCUUCUUCUUCCUCGAAUCAUAAUACAAAUAACAAUAAUAAAAAACAAUAA